AUGUCAAAAUGCGAGCCCCCUCCCGCCUACGACGACAUCGCUACGGCCAAGCAGUUUGAGGCCGACAAGCAUUUCUAUGAGGACAAAUUCGUUAAGAUAACGCGCGAGGGCAUCGAGCUGAAGACGUACUAUUUCCCGACCACCAAGAGCAAGUUCAUCCCGUUUGCCGAGGUGAAGCAGCUCUUCUACGCAAUACAGAGCGCCCUAAAGCAGCACUGCUACAUAAAGCCGUGGGGGAUGGCCUUCUCGAAGGUGUGGUGGGCGUCGGAUAUGAUGAGACAAUGCCCAAUCGUGGAAAAGGUCAACUACAAUGUCAUCCUCGACGUCGGCGACAGCACGAUGAAGGGCUUCUCGGUGACCGACAUCCACACAUUCCUCGCCGUUCUCAAGGCGCAUCUCCCGGCGGUGCCGAUACACCCGCAGCUGCCCUUU